AUGCCAUUUCGUGCACGGGUGAAACGUGCCUUGACCGGUUCAUCAAACAACGCUCCGUACGACCCCUCGAACCCUCUCAGUCAACCGCCGAAAAGAUCUAAGAAAGAUUAUCCAGAAAAUGUCUACAAACCUGGGGAGUCGAUGCCGCGGCCAAAGUAUCGCGGCCCGUGGAACCAAGCGCACCAAGAUAGACUUGCUUCUUUUUCAUUUGGCAAUUCGUGGAAUAGACGCAGAGAGAGCAGUGGGACACAAAAGUCCGGCAGAAACAGUGGAAGCGAAUACAGUCCGAUGGGUAGCAGGCUGCCAAGUCGCGGGCCUUCCAGAAGGGGAAGUGCGUUCAGUGGACUCAGUAUGAAGGGAAUGAAGCCUUGGGCAUUAAGCAGGGGGGGCAGCCAUACCACAUACGAUGGUACCAAUGAAGACCGCGUUGAGGAGGGGACAGAGGAGACAGACGAUGUUGGAAAUGUGGGAUUAUCUAGGCAGCACACCAGAGACAGUAGAGUACCGCCUCCGCGGCGAAAAGAAAAUGAUCAUCAAAUGGAUGGGCUUAAACCGGAAAGGACUGCGAUCGAGGGCCACGUGAAUGGAGAGGUCAAGCUUGAACCGCUUGAUACGCAAAAGACGAUUACGAAUGGUCAUCUGUUCACCGAGGAUGAGCUUGCAAAGGCUAUGUCAUCAAGCACUCUGAAGUCGUCUAGGAGGGACCGAGAAGUGCUGGCAUAA